AUGUUACCUCGCUCUGAUGAUGUCUGUCAUAUGACGGACGAAAGCUUACCAUCUUUUCACCGGAAUCGAAGUAUAUUGCCUCGGAAACAGCAUCAGCAUGAAUCUUCCAGUAAAGCCAAGAGCAAUCCGCCGUCGUCUCCUGGUGGAAUCGACCUUGGAAUCUCUUCACCAAACACUUUCACUCGAAACGGAAGUAAGCGAAGUCUGGCAUGCCCUGAAAUUCACGUCUACCUUGUGAUCUAUUGUCACCAGUGGCUGUUUAGCGAGGUGGAAUCACAAGAUCCGCUUUCGAAUAUCAAUUAA